GCGAUGGACUGGAGACCUACCAAGGGUGUACCCCGCCUCUCCUAUACCCCAUCGAAGCUCUGCAAGGAUAAUUUCACGGUUAACGAAACCCACGCAGCAGGGAGAUCAACUUUCUCAUCCAUCAGGUUACCUCUCUACUUUGGUAGCCCCUUCAGAUGCGUCAUCCUCAGCUGUAUCACUGUUCACUGAACAAAACUUGAAAAAGAGGAAGACUAACGGCCCAGCACAGCAGUCGUGACAAUAAAUGGUGUGAGAGUAAUCCGACGUCGUGCAUGUGAUGCUUGUGCUGGGAACUUUCUGCUUUGCCUCACUGUCACUGUGACACAAUCCCUUUUGUCUCAAGUCAUACCAUGUGGUCUAGCAAGAAAAUGUUGUGUCUGAAAACAAGACAAGGAGCUGAUUGGAUGGGAUGAUAAGUACAAGGAAAACAAAAAGGAGGAAAAAACAACCAUGCCGGAGCUCCACCAGGUGGUUUAUAUUGGCUUGGAGCUGCUGAUCGCUCUCCUGGCUGUGGCUGGGAACACCCUGGUAUGCUGGUCCGUCUGCCUGAACUCCAACCUGCAGAGCAUCACCAACUUCUUUGUGGUCUCACUAGCAGUCGCUGAUAUCGCUGUGGGGCUACUGGCAAUUCCCUUCGCUAUCACAAUUAGUGUGGGGUUCUGUGCCGACUUUUACGGUUGCCUGUUCAUCGCCUGCUUUCUGCUCGUGCUCACACAGAGCUCCAUCUUCAGUCUGCUGGCCAUCGCUGUGGACCGCUAUAUUGCAAUCAAGAAUCCACUCAGAUAUAACAGUCUUGUAACAGGGCUGAGAGCAAAGUGCAUCAUAGCACUGUGCUGGACUUUGUCAGCGGUGAUUGGCAUGACUCCACUGAUUGGUUGGAACACAGGCCGGAACGCAACACUUCACAGUUCAAAAAAAAAAAGCUGCCCAAAAGGUCUGACCCAAUGCCUUUUUGAGACGGUUGUUCCUUUGGACUAUAUGACCUAUUUUAAUUUCUUUGGCUUUGUGCUGACCCCUCUGUUGGUCAUGCUGGUCAUCUACAUCAAAAUAUUUCUGGUGGCGAGAAGGCAGCUCCGUCGAAUGAGCAUUACAGUUUCACUCUCACCUAUUCCCGGACGAAGACCUUCAUCCUCGAACUCGUCCCAUUCUUUUCUGCAGAAGGACGUGCAUGCUGCCAAAUCACUGGCAAUUAUUGUGGGCUUAUUUGCAAUCUGCUGGCUUCCUGUGCAUAUCAUCAACUGCGUCAACCACCUGUGCAAAAACUGUGAGCGUCCAACAAUCUGGGUGAUGAACAUCGCCAUCAUCCUCUCCCAUGCAAACUCUGUGGUGAAUCCCUUUAUUUACGCCUACCGCAUCAGGGAGUUUAGACAGACUUUUUGGAAGAUUUUUUACAAGUACAUUCUGAGGCAGGCAACCAGCAAUGGGAUUGGAACAAUGAGUAUUGACAGCAGAGAUUUCAGUUGCAUCAGCAUCAGACGGACAUCCCAAACGAGUAAAGAGGUUUCAACAUGUGGCACAAUGGUGAAUAGCUACAUCCUGGAUCCUGAUACUCAUCCAUCAAGGUACAAAGUUAAUAGCAGAACUUCUAGCCAUUGGUCUUCGAAUCAAGAUGUACUGCCAAGCAGCUGCAUUCACAAUGGACACAAAGGGCAAAGUGGCACCUUCUCAGGGAUGCAGGAGAACCCAAGCAUGGCAUUUUGUGCACAGGAUGCAGCAGAAUCUGCUUCAUGUGAUGAGGGAUCAGCAGAUGUUUCUGAGCUGAAAGACAGAGGAGGCUGCACUGAUUUUGUCAAUGUUCAAGCUGUCUCCGUAAAAAAGACUGAUGGUUGCAACUCUACAGACAUAACAGAGAUAUCAUGACACUUACGUUCAUAUUUUUUUUUUCCUACCACUCUUAAUCCUGUGAAGAAAAUUUCUUCAACAACAACAACAACAACAAAAAAACACUGAAUGGAAUAGCUAUUUCUUCCUUGUAGUAUAAGACUUGUUUUUAUUUACUUUAGACUUUUAUUUUCUAUAUGAGCCAAAUUUCAGUUGAAGGUCAACUGAAAUUUAAAGAUGCUUAAAGCAGGACGCUUUUUAAUAUGAGCUGAUGCUUAUAUUUUCUCUGCAUGUUGUUUAAGUGACAUCCAUGGAAAUGUCUGUUUUCAAAAAUAAAUGUAGGCUGUAUGCAGUAAGAAAAAGCAAAAAUGUUAAAUCAUAGUGUGAACAAAACAAUAAUCUAUACAGUGCUAACUAUUUUUUAGACCCUAUAAAGAAGUAAAAAAAAUUUUUAUAUUGUUUCACUACUUUAAACAUAAAAAUUUAGAUUUUGAUCAGGCAGUGUGUGUGCUACCUGGGCCUUUGCUCAAAGGUUGUUGUUUUUUUUAUUUAGACUCUCAUGGGUUUACUAAAUAAAUACUGUAUCAACAAAACCAGUUACCCAAACAGAAAAUUACUAUUGGACCUAUGAUCAGUCUCUUAAGUGAUCAAUUAUUCAAACCACUUCAUGCUUUCAUUGACCCCAUAUGUAAAUGUUGGCUCAAAACCUUGCUAAACAUUACAAAAGAAGACUUUCAUAUUGGCAAAAAGAGCCUUGACCCUUGACAGCAAGGGUACUGGGAAGUUUUUAUAAGGACAAUUUUGACAAAAACAUUUCUUAACAUGUAUGCCACUCUACAGAACAAAUGUUAUCAAAUUGAAGCUUUUUACACAUUUUUAUCACUGAUGUCAAUAACUGUAUACAAAUCUUCAGUCAACCCUAUAGCGUACCGUGUCAUGCAUUGUACUUUAACUUUCAAACACUCAAACAGCAUUUCUUACAAAGCUGGAUCAUGUCAUGUAUAAUCAGAUGCUUCCUUUCUGUUCAAACAUGAAUAAAAGAAUUGUUUGGUG